AUGGAGUCGUCUGCUCCCGAAUCAAUUCUAGCCGCAGACUACAAGCUUGCCCUCAAAUUGUUCAUGAACAAGGAGUUUGAGCGGUCCUUUCCGCUUAUCAAGAAGGCUUCAGAUCUGGCUUACAACAGUUUUAACAAGGGAUAUCUCGAAGAGGAACUUUUUGUGAAGAUUGUUGUGUUAUACUUGACGCAGCUUGGACUUGUGCUCACUCCCAGGGAGUCUCAAGGAGCUAUUUUGCUAAAGAAAGACAAACAGAGAUUGGUGGCAGAACUAGUUGAGGAGCGUGUAAUGAAAGAGCUUUUGACUGCUUUUGAUUCAGUACAGGACAUACCACUGAAUGUUUUGUAUCUGUUACUUUUGGUUUACUAUACCUGUAGGGAUCUUUUGGUAGACCACCCGGGUUUCGUAGCGCAACAGUUUGAGCACGUCUACCUUCAGAUCGAUUUCGAGAGCAAAUUAGAUGAUGUGUACAUGAAAAGACUUGUGGAUAUGUAUGUCUUUAAUGUGCUUCCAGAAUCUGAACAGUGGCGGAAAGCUCGUGAUGUGAUUGAGACAAACCCUUACUUGGACAGAACUGAUGCUCUUGCGCGUUUGGAAGAGGCAGAAAAAAUAGCAAAGCAAGAGAAGAAACUAGGGGAGCAGAAAAAGAAAGAGCGUCAACUUCGCGAGGAGAAAUUGGCCGAACAAGAGAGAGAACGUUUACGGAAGGAAAGAGAGGAAAAGUCCCUCAAGUACAAGUCCCUCAAGCAAAUCCGGCAGGAAACUGAGAAGGCAGAGAAGUCCGACUAUGAAUCUUCUAGCCACGACUCAGUCUCUCUUUCUGCUGUGCAGCUUAAACAAAAGGUUAUGCAAGUAUACCAACUCACUCGUACUUAUUUGCAGAAAUAUUCUCCAGUGCUAGCAGCAGUAGCCAUACUCUUGGCCAUCAUUCUAAGAGUGACUAGCAUCAAAAAAAUCAGCUUGCGCGACAAACUUAGGGAAACUCUUCUGAUGGCUAUGAAGGUCACAUACUUGUAA